CGGAGGAGAACAGCUCUUCUUAGUGUCGAGACGACGGCCGAAGGAGUUACACCAGCCGGUCCUAGCUUCCUGAUCGUCUGAACUCCACCUGCUUUCGAGCCUUCAGUCAACCUCGAAUCGAACUUCCCUCUGAUUUUCGUUUGGAUUUGACUCUAUUUUAUCUCGGAUAGCGACGCAGUUGCUUAGAGGAGCGCGUAGCAUAAGUGGUUUUCUCAGAGGUGCUCUAGACUGACCGAUCACAAACUCAUAACCCGUUGGCUACGCAUAAACAGCUUAAUAAAGUAGAUUUAUCAAGGAGUACCAAGAUGGCGGACGGCGUGAAGGUCAAAAACAAGAAAAUAGCGGUGGUGGGAGCUGGUCUAGUUGGAUCUUUGGAAGCCUGUAUGCUAGCUAAUAGAGGCUAUGAAGUGCACUUAUACGAGUAUAGAGGCGAUAUUCGCACCAUGGAACAUGUUCCAGGGAGGAGCAUCAACCUGGCCAUGAGCAUAAGAGGCAGGACUGGCCUCGGAGCAGUGGGCGUUGAGGAAAAGAUAAUAAGGGAACACGGCAUUCCCAUGAGGGCUCGAAUGAUCCACAACCUAGAUGGAACGACACGGGCCAUUCCUUAUAACAAGGAUGGAAAGUGCAUUUUUUCUGUGGGUCGAAGGUAUGUCAACGAAGUUCUCCUGACAAGAGCAGAAGAGUUCCCCAACGUCAAGGUUCAUUUCAAUCACAAGCUUCUCUCUGCUGAACUGGACAAAGGAGCCAUGACCUUUUUGGACACCUCAACCAACGAAGAAGUGAAGGCCAAGGCAGAUCUAGUCAUAGGGUGCGACGGUGCGUAUUCUAACCUCCGGAAGCAGAUGAUGAAGAGGCCGUGGUUCAACUACUCCCAGGUGUACAUACCACAUUCUUACAUGGAACUCUGCAUACCCCCUACACCAGAUGGGGAGUUCGCAAUGCCUCCAAAUUACCUCCAUAUAUGGCCCAGGGGCAAGUUCAUGAUGAUUGCUCUGCCCAACCAAGACAAGUCGUGGACAGUGACACUUUUCAUGCCCCACGAAAUUUUUCAAACUUUGGACACCCCAGAUGUUCUUUUAAAUUUCUUCAAGACCCAUUACCCAGAUGCAAUUACUCUCAUUGGGAAGGAAAAACUCGUGAGGGAUUUCUUUGCAAAUAAAGCUCUCCCCAUGAUAUCAGUUAAGUGUUCUCCAUACCACGUCGGUUCCACAAGUCUUCUUAUGGGUGACGCCGCUCAUGCAAUGGUUCCUUUCUAUGGACAAGGGAUGAACUGCGGCAUGGAAGACUGCGUGGUGCUGGACGAACUUAUGAACAAGUACGACGAUGAUCUGGAAAAGGUCCUACCAGCAUAUUCGGAACAUCGGAACCCGGAUGCCGAGGCUAUCGUUGAUCUGGCUAUGUAUAAUUAUAUUGAGAUGAGGGACCUGGUCAACUCUCGCCUCUUCCUCCUGAGGAAAAAAUGGGACGAUCUUCUCAGCAGACUUCUCCCUGGGACCUGGGUACCCCUCUACACUAUGGUCACCUUCUCGAGAGAGAGAUAUCAUUCGUGCAUCGCCAAGAAGAAGUGGCAAGAUGACGUCGUUGGCAGGAUCGUGAAAGUUUGCAGCGUGGCUGGGGUCGUCAUGGGAUUCCUCUUUGCCAAGACGGAAGCUGCCCAUACCCUGGCUAAUUCAUUCCUAACCCACGUCAACUCCUUCGCAAUGAAGACCUUGGCUGUCGUCGACAGGUCAUAGAGAAGGCACAGAAGGAGCUAGACAGAGACAGAAACCCCUGGUGACCUGCAUGUUCUGGGAUAUCAUCAGAUAUUAAUCAUUCCUGCUCAAGUUCUUAUUUUUAGUCGAGGGAGAGUGAAAUCUUCCAGAAUCAAUGAUAGUCUUCAAAGCACUCUUUAUGAUAUAAAACAAACAGUGAAUCUUCUAUAAAUGUUUAUGGUAUCGUUUUUGCUGGCAUUUGUUGUCUAAGUCAUUAGUCUUACAGCGUUUAUAUUGGCGAUUUUCUUAUAACAAAACUACAUUUUUAAAGCCUUUGCGAAUUAAAGUACACAAUUCAG